CUCUCCUUUCCACCCUCCUCUUCCCCAACCCUAACCCUAACCCUAAUUCCCCCGAGUUCCCAACAAACCCUAGAAUCCACCAACACGAUGGCGAAGGGCAGCGGCGAUCUCGAGUCCGGCAGCGGUGGCGGCGCUCUGUAUCCGUACAUGAUCGAGAGCCCGCAGCUGCGGUGGGCCUUCAUCCGGAAGGUCUACGCCAUCGUCGCCUUCCAGAUCCUCGCCACCGCCGCCGUCGCCGCCGCCGUCGACUUCGUCCACCCCGUCCGCGCCUUCUUCCUCUCCCACACCCCCGCCUCCCUCGCCGUCCUCAUCGUCAUCGUCAUCUCCCCUCUCCUCGUUUUGCUGCCGAUGGUGUACUUCCGCGAGCGGCAUCCGAUAAAUCUGCUUCUCCUUGGGCUGUUUACAAUCUGCAUUAGCUUCGCUGUCGGUAUAGCAUGCCUCACAACAAGUGGGAAGGUUGUGCUCGAAGCUGCUGUCUUGACCUUCGUUGUUGUCGUCGGCCUGACUCUCUACACAUUCUGGGCGGCCAAAAGAGGCUAUGACUUCAACUUCCUUGGGCCGUUCUUGUCUGCAGCUCUUCUUGUCCUGAUGAUAUACUGUCUCAUCCAGAUCUUUAUUCCGUUGGGCAAGAUCGGCUCGACAAUCUAUGGGUGCAUUGCUGCGAUUGUGUUCUCCGGCUUCAUCAUCUACGACACUGACAAUCUGAUCAAGCGCCAUAGCUACGACCAGUACAUCUGCGCCGCCAUCUCCUUAUACCUCGACAUCAUCAACCUGUUCAUGGCUCUGCUCACCGCCUUCAGUGCGACAGAUUCGUAAUCUCGUAUUUCUCUUCCUCUGCUAGCUUCUUAAUGGAUUGAUUCAGAAUUAAACUGUAUAAAAUUAGUAGGCUAUUAAUUGAUUCUAAAAACACCAUUCGAUAAUUGCAUACUUUUAAAUGUUUCUGGGCCUUUGCAUUGUCAUACACUUUUAUGGUAAUCAAAUGGAAGAGGGGUUAUAUUC